CAAUUGCUCUAGUACCAACAAAGUCAGUAUAUAGGCCAGAAGCAGCACAAUCUAUCAGCAGUAGGCAUAUUGAAUCUGUUUUGUAUGACAGUCUCUUUUGCCAUGAAGGUCAUAGUAGCAUUGCUGGUCAUUGCUAGCUACAUCUGUACCGUGCACGCUACGUAUUACUGUAAAGCACCUCCAGCUAUAGAAAAUGGCUACCACAGCGGAGGACAAUGGACGAAAUUCUCAAUUGGAAAAGUGAUUCGAUACAGCUGCAGAAGUGGAUAUCAGUUGCAAGGAUCUCCCAUCUCCACGUGUUUAUUGAACCGAAACACUUGGUCAUCCUUCUGGUCUAACAGAGCCUGUAGAUGUAUUCGCCAAGAUUGGGAUGACGAAGAAGACAGCAGCAGCAGUGACUCUUCCUCUAACAGUAACCCUAGUUACUGCUCUCGACUGAGUUCCCCUGUCAACGGGAAAGUCUGGUUUUCCAGCACAAGCAUUAACUCCAUUGCUAAGUACACCUGUAACAGUGGCUACACACUCUCUGGAAGCGUUUACCGUAAAUGUCUAUCAACUGGCGAAUGGUAUGGAUCUGCACCAACUUGCAAACGCCCAUUGUGUCCUGAGCUAUCGAACCCUGAUAAUGGCCGUGCUAAGCUUACAUCGGCUGGCAGGAGUGUGGGAGCUCAAGUUUGGUACAUUUGCAAUGAUGGAUUUAUUUUGGUUGGCUCCGAAUCUAGGCGUUGCCAGAGCAACCUGCAAUGGUCUUUAAUGGCCCCUACCUGUAAAUCUAAGUUUUGUCCUCGACUCAACAAUCCUGAAAACGGUAUAGUUAAGUUCUUCAGUGCUGGGCGAUCAGUUGGAGCUAAAGUUCAGUACAAAUGCAGCUCUGGUUUCAGUCUUGUUGGUUCUGAGUUUAGACGUUGUCAGAGCGACCAGCAGUGGUCUUCAAAAGCCCCUACCUGUCAACGUAGUUUUUGUCCUCGACUCGAAGAACCACAAAAUGGCCAAGUAAAAUUUUCUGAUGCUGGAAGAUCUGUUGGAGCUGAAGUAGAGUACAAGUGUGACAAGGGUUUCAAGCUAUUUGGUGUGGAGACAAGACGUUGCCAGAGCAACUUGAAGUGGUCAUUCCAGGCGCCUACAUGUAAACCUGUUUGUGAAAGACUCAUCAAUCCUAAGAAUGGACACGUGCUGCACAAUGGUACCGCUUUGUUCGCCGUUGCUAAAUACUUCUGUGAGGAGAGCUUCUAUCUUGUUGGGGACCGCUUCAGAAGGUGUGUUGAGUCUGGAUGGACCGGCAACACACCAGUGUGCAAACCCAUCAAGUGCACGGACCUAAAAUUGAAGGAUGGAAGGAUUUUCUUUACCAAUUUCACUAAUUUUGGCUCCGUUGCUAAGCAUAGGUGUUUACCUGGUUUCAAGCUCUCCGGUAAUGAGAGGAGGGUGUGCAAUUCCAGUGGCAACUGGACAGGCUCCGCCCCUACUUGCAUCCGUGUUCCAAGAGACUGCCCAUCGCUGCCCAACCCUCUGAAUGGUGCUGUUGAGGUCAAUGGUCUAGCUACAGGUUCUACUGCUCGAUACACCUGCAUUCCAGGCUACUUACUCGUUGGAGGAUCUAAGAGAACAUGCAAUGAUGGAAAAUGGAGUGGAGAGCCUCCAGUUUGCACUAAAAAAGUUGAGUGCAGUGUAUUGGAAGCACCUGAAGGUGGCUCUGUUAAACUGACAGGACUAAUGGUGGGAUCCACGGCAACCUACAUGUGCAAUGGGGGAUAUGUUCUUGAAGGUGUUCAAGUGCGCACAUGCCUAAAAGAUGGAACUUGGUCUGGAGAUGAACCAAGAUGUCGACGUAUUAUUACGUGCAAUGACCUGAGUUCCCCUGCCAAUGGAGACGUGGACCAACCAGGGAAUUCUGUUGGAACAGUUUCCACCUACACUUGCAAUGGUGGCUACUUGCUGGUUGGAGAUGAAACAAGGACAUGUCAGGAAAGUGGACAGUGGUCCGGCAGCCAACCAAUCUGUGAAUUUAUUGUGAUGUGUGAUGACCUGAGUGCCCCUGCCAAUGGAGACGUGGACCAACCAGGGAAUUCUGUUGGAACAGUUUCCACCUACACUUGCAAUGGUGGCUACUUGCUGGUUGGAGACGAAACAAGGACAUGUCAAGAAAGUGGACAGUGGUCUGGAAGCCAACCAAUCUGUGAAUUUAUUGUGACGUGUGAUGACCUGAGUGCCCCUACCAAUGGAGACGUGGACCAACCAGGGAAUUCUGUUGGAACAGUUUCCACCUACACUUGCAAUGGUGGCUACUUGCUGGUUGGAGACGAAACAAGGACAUGUCAAGAAAGUGGACAGUGGUCUGGAAGCCAACCAAUCUGUGAAUUUAUUGUGACGUGUGAUGACCUGAGUGCCCCUACCAAUGGAGACGUGGACCAACCAGGGAAUUCUGUUGGAACAGUUUCCACCUACACUUGCAAUGGUGGCUACUUGCUGGUUGGAGACGAAACAAGGACAUGUCAGGAAAGUGGACUGUGGUCUGGCAGCCAACCAAUCUGUGAAUUUAUUGUGACGUGUGAUGACCUGAGUGCCCCUGCCAAUGGAGACGUGGACCAACCAGGGAAUUCUGUUGGAACAGUUUCCACCUACACUUGCAAUGGUGGCUACUUGCUGGUUGGAGAUGAAACAAGGACAUGUCAGGAAAGUGGACAAUGGUCUGGCAGCCAACCAAUCUGUGAAUUUAUUGUGACGUGUGAUGACCUGAGUGCCCCUGCCAAUGGAGAUGUGGACCAACCAGGGAAUUCUGUUGGAACAGUUUCCACCUACACUUGCAAUGGUGGCUACUUGCUGGUUGGAGAUGAAACAAGGACAUGUCAGGAAAGUGGACAGUGGUCUGGCAGCCAACCAAUCUGUGAAUUUAUUGUGACGUGUGAUGACCUGAGUGCCCCUACCAAUGGAGAUGUGGACCAACCAGGGAAUUCUGUUGGAACAGUUUCCACCUACACUUGCAAUGGUGGCUACUUGCUGGUUGGAGAUGAAACAAGGACAUGUCAGGAAAGUGGACAAUGGUCUGGCAGCCAACCAAUCUGUGAAUUUAUUGUGACGUGUGAUGACCUAAGUUCCCCUACCAAUGGAGACGUGGACCAACCAGGGAAUUCUGUUGGAACAGUUUCCACCUACACUUGCAAUGGUGGCUACUUGCUGGUUGGAGAUGAAACAAGGACAUGUCAGGAAAGUGGACAGUGGUCCGGCAGCCAACCAAUCUGUGAAUUUAUUGUGAUGUGUGAUGACCUAAGUUCCCCUGCCAAUGGAGACGUAGACCAACCAGGGAAUUCUGUUGGAACAGUUUCCACCUACACUUGUGAGAGUGGCUAUGUUCUGAAUGGAGAAGCUACUAGAAUUUGUCAAGACAAUGGAAAAUGGUCCGGGGAAGAACCAGUGUGUAGAGCUGUGGACUGCAUGAACUUGCUCAACCCUCGUGAUGGGAGUGUCUCCCUGACUGGGACCAUCUUCUCCUCAGUGGCUAUGUACAGCUGCAACGACGGAUUCUCUCUCAAUGGAGUGGUUACUCGAGUAUGUCAGGCAGAUGGUACAUGGUCUGGAGAUGCUCCGACUUGUAAACCUGAUGUCAUGUGCGAGGAAUUGUUAGCUCCUGUGAAUGGCAUGAUCAUGCUGAUGGGACGCACUCCCGGCUCAAUAGCCAUGUACUCGUGUGACAUGGGUUUUAGACUCAACGGCGAAAUUACUCGUACUUGUCAAACAAACGGAAAUUGGUCCGAUGAAGAGCCCACCUGUAUAUCUGUGGAUUGUGACGGGCUUGAUGACCCUACCAAUGGAGCAGUGGUACUCUCUGGGGUAGCGGUAGGCUCGACAGCUGAGUACAGCUGCAAUGAAGGCUUUGAGUUGGAUGGAGCAUCACAAAGAAUGUGCCAGAUGGACAGGGAGUGGUCUGGAGUGGCACCCACCUGUGAACCGGUUGACUGUGGAUCUCUCGAUAAUCCAACCAAUGGGAAUGUAGAAUUCCAGUCAACUCUCUUCGGAUCCACAGCUGUCUACUCUUGCGUCUUUGGGUACCUUCUAGAGGGCACUGAAUCACGAUUUUGUCAAGCAGACGGGCAGUGGAGCGGAGCAGAGCCAGUAUGCAUAUUCAUACCUGUAGUGAGUUGUAUCGAGCUAACCAAUCCGUCCAAUGGGAUGGUGACUGUUACUGGCCUGGAGCCAUUCUCCACGGCAACGUACGUCUGUGACCCUGGAUAUGUACUGUUUGGAGAUGACAUCAGAACCUGCACUGAGGACGGAGAAUGGACGAAAGAAGAGCCCACUUGCCAACCCAUUGACUGUGGUUCUUUGGCUGAUCCUACCAAUGGUCGCGUGGAGGUGUUCAACACAACCCUGGGCUCCCCUGCUGUGUACACUUGCAACUUUGGUUAUGUAUUAGUGGGCAAUGCUGGACGGCUCUGCACUGAGACGGGAGAUUGGAGCGGGGUGGAGCCAAGAUGUGAUCCUGUGGUGUGCCCUGCACUGUCCAGACCAGAGAACGGUAUUGUUACCCUCAAUGGCGUGACAUUUGGAUCUCUAGCAACUUAUGUCUGUAACACUGGGUUUGUUCUGGAUGGAAACGUGCAACGAAUGUGUUUGGCUACUGGAGAGUGGUCCGGUAGUGAUCCUUCUUGCAUUGUUCCCCCCGCUGGGUGUAGUGAUCCUGGGGUGCCUGAUAAUGGACUACGAGUUGGAGAUGACUUCAGUGUCGGGGCAGCUGUCUUCUACAGGUGCUUUGAUGAUUACGAUUUAGUAGGUGCAAAGUUCAGAGUGUGUCAAAAUGACAGUCAAUGGAGUGACAGUUUGCCAACUUGUGUACGCUUCAAUGACACAUGCUCUACUGGCAAAGACCAUUAUGACAGAUGUGGCAGAAAGUGUGACUGUAUCGAUGGGCGACUCAGAAACUGCUGUCGUCUGAGAAGAGAUUAUGCCGGCCUUAGCAUCUCAGAGCGACAAAGAUACAUCACCACUUUCCUGACAGCUGCUCAAGAUCCGAUAUAUAAGCCGCGAUACGAUGCACUGAUUUCCCUGUGGAAACAAUCGUUUGAGAACGAUGUCACUCAGAGUUCGGCAUCCUCAACGAGCCAGUAUUUUAUGUUUGUGCGCUAUUUCUUGCUCGAAUAUGAAAACUUGCUCCAAGAUAUUGACUGCAUGGUAACAAUUCCAUACUAUGAUUGGACCCCCUUCCCGAUCACUCCAUAUGCAGCUAAUGUUUGGGACAAUACGGAUGGUUUUGGAGACACCUCUCGUGCGACUGAUAGCUGUGUCAUCACAGGUCCUGUAAGGGUGGGGCAAUUCUCAAUCACACCUUCAGCAGGUGGCGGGUGUCUGCAAAGAGACUAUACCAACAGACGAUUCCCAAGCAGAGACAUAAUCGACCGGGAUUUACUUCCUCUUCCAUCCGAUGAAUUUGGGACGUUCCAUCAAUUUUUGCAGCUGUUUAUUGGCCUCAAUGUCCAGUGCUUUGUGGGUGGUACAAUGUGUGGUGUGAAUGCUGCCAAUGACCCAGUGCACAUCCUUCACUUGGCAAGACUCGACUCUAUCCUCACAAGAUGGCAACUGAUCGGGCAAGGACGUGAAGAAGUUCGCUACGCUUUCGACAACAAUCCCCUCCUUCUCUCACCUGGUUUCCGUGUAUCUCAGUUCAGCAAUAAUCGCAAUCUCCCUUAUGAUUCGUGUGCUAUAUACGAGCCCCCUGUUCUACAGAAGAAUCAUGCCGGUCCCCUUCCUGCUAGCGUGGGGCUUAGAGUUGAGAUCACUCGCAUGGAUUGUGUUCCCAUGGAGGACAUGAUGUUUAUGGACUCAAUGAUGACGACGGAAAAUCACGAUUUCAUGGAGACGGAAUGCAGCAAGCCCAGAGUGUUCCGAAGAGCCACUCGUAUCUAGUUACAAAAUACUGUCAAUUUAAUAUUACAGAACAUACAGAACACGGACUGUUUAUAGUGUAUAGACAAUAAUCAUGUACUCCUGAUACAGAACAUACGGUUAACCGAACAUACAGAACAUAGAUUUAUAUAGACAUCUUCAUCAGUUAUUUUUUGCAUUAAACUUUUACAACUUU